UGACAAGUCCCCUGGGUUGUACGCCUCGAGAACUUUGACGGGGGAGCAUGACUGUGAGGCCAGCACAUCAAAACCGGAGGGAGGCGUAUCUGGUGGGGAGUCCGGCAGUGGGAUGAAUGGGUAGGUGUUGCGGAGGCAGGACAGGAAGGAGUGGGAGGAGGAGGGGGAGAUGAGGUGCUCGGGGGAGCAAUCUGACAGGUCGUGGAGGACGGUGAAGAUGCGGAUCAGGGGGCGGGGGAGGGGGAAGGCGUGGGUCAGGUAGGUUGGCAUUUCUGGGCGGUUGUGAGGCUGAGGUUGUCGUUGUUGAUGACUGACUCGACUUGGCUGUGGCGUCGUUGGCCAGAAGGAUGUACUGCGUAGAGGACUCAGACUAUCGUAUCUCGUGAUUGCUCUCGUAGACAACAACAACAACAACAACAACAAGUCGUCAUCGAUGGCGGGGCUGGAUUCCAAAUCAUGCAUAGAUUGGUGUGGUGUAACGGUCUUGGCGGGGCGAGAUGGUGCUCAGCUUUCUAACGGUUCUCAGAAACCAGCCUCUCCUCCUUACAACGAUGUAUCGGAUGGUCCAUCAUCAUUGAUUAGGACCUUUGAAAUGUUCCCUUCCGUCGUGCAAGCUUCUGCACUCAGGGACCGAACCCACCAAACAGAAAGCGUCCUUUACAGAUCGUGUCGACCCGUUAGGAUCUCGAAUGCAACCAUCUCUAACAUCGCCCUCGGCCUGCAUUCAGUCCCACUCGGCCGAUGCGACGUGCAGGACUUCAUCUCGCGACCAAGAAGUGAGAUCGACACGGCUGCAACGAGGGCGAAUGGAGUUUGUUGA